GCCACUCUGCGUGCUGGAUGGAGAUCCACAGUCAAGAGCUGCAGCUCAGUGCUGGAGUACAACAUUUCACAGGGAGCCCUGCAGAAGCAACACCUGUUUCGAGCCAGCCAAGAAAGGCACAAGCACUUGUAUGUUGCUGCUUUGCUUGUGGAUCGGCAAUAACCCUAAACCAAUGGACAUCUGCUGAGCCUCCUGAGAAUUCUGGAUAAUAGAUUUGGACGUCAAAAGUUUUAUUUUUAAUUUUUUUUUUUUGUGCCUUUUGCCUUUUUUUCCUUUCCAUUUUUUUUUUUUUUGGAUCUAUCUCAGCCAACAACGUGAGAUUUCCCCCCUCCCCCUUUGCAGGAUUCAUGCUGAUGUAUGCAGUCUGUUAUAGAGUAAAAACAGCGCAUGCCUUUCUGGAGUCAGAAUCCAUAAAUCCUGACGUAGCCUGUGCAUCUUAAAAAAAAAAAUCCCUAUAACGCCUAGGUAUUUAAGUUGCUAUGGUCAUUCUUAUCUUAAACCAAAUGGAGAAACUACGGAUUUUUUUCUUUAUUACAGUUGGAUGGGCUGAAGACCUUAUUGCUUGCUAAGAGCUGGGGAUAUAUGCAUUUAUAUAGAUAUACACAUCUAUAUGUUUAUAAAUAUGUCAGUGUGUGAGUAUAAAGUGGUGGUUUCUUAGACUAACUGGUUUGACCUUGAACCUGUACCAGUCAAAACAGAAUAUUACUUUUAUUUAUGCAUUUAAUGGAUUGAAGAAAGAACAUUUUCUCUGUAACUGCGCUAGGGAGGGGAGAGGAGUGGAAUAUACCUAAUCUUAUAUCUCCUGGGUUUGGCACCAUCAUUAUUGUUUAUUCUUAUUCUCUAAAAGCAGAAUCUUCUGAUGGCUCCCUUAGGUGAAGUUGGGAACUAUUUCGGUGUGCAGGAUGCAGUACCCUUUGGGAAUGUGCCCGUUUUGCCGGUGGAUAGUCCGGUUUUGUUAAGUGACCACCUGGGUCAGUCUGAGGCAGGUGGGCUACCCAGGGGGCCUGCGGUCACGGACUUGGACCAUUUAAAGGGGAUCCUCAGGCGGAGGCAGCUAUACUGCAGGACUGGAUUUCAUUUAGAAAUCUUCCCCAAUGGUACUAUCCAGGGAACCAGGCAAGACCACAGCAGAUUUGGUAUACUGGAGUUUAUCAGUAUAGCAGUGGGCCUGGUCAGCAUUCGAGGAGUAGACAGUGGACUCUACCUUGGAAUGAAUGAGAAAGGGGAACUCUACGGCUCGGAAAAAUUAACCCAGGAGUGUGUAUUCAGAGAGCAGUUUGAAGAAAACUGGUAUAACACAUAUUCAUCAAAUCUAUAUAAACACGUGGACACUGGAAGACGAUACUACGUUGCAUUAAAUAAAGAUGGGACUCCAAGAGAAGGGACUAGGACUAAACGGCAUCAAAAAUUUACACAUUUUUUACCUAGACCAGUGGACCCUGAGAAAGUACCUGAACUAUAUAAGGAUAUUUUAAGCCAAAGUUGACAAAGACAAUUCCUUCACUUGAGCCCUUAAAAAGUAACCACUAUAAAGGUUUCAUGCGGUGGGUUCUUAUUGAUUAGCUGUGUCAUCACAUCAGCUCCACUGUUGCCAAACUUUGUCGCAUGCAUAAUGUAUGAUGGAGGCUUGGAUGGAACAUGCUGAUUUUGUUCUGCACUUAAAGGUUUGUCCUCCUGGAGGAGAGCCUAUGCCCACUCGCUUGAUUUAGUACGAGAGGGGGAGCGCGAGAGAGUGAGUGAGAGCGAGCGCGAGAGGACGCGAGAGCGUGAAUGGGAGUGAGAGAGAGGGGAGCCGAGGGAGGAGGAGAACGGCCUGAUGCAUGCUGGGGAAUGGACACGCUUUUAAAUUUUUGAUCAGUUGUACUUCGUCAUAUAUCAGCAUAGCUGCCAUACUUUGAUUCAUCGGGAUUUUUGGCUGGUGGCCUGCUCAAGUGUACGCUGCAUUUACAAAAGGCAUGGAGGGUGCAGUCUUACUUAGACAAGAGACUUUUCAGUUAAUCACUCGCUGGGUCUCACCCCGCUGAGUUUAAAGCAAAGACCUCUUAGUAAAAAAAAAAUAAAAAAUAAAAAGUUAAAUUUAUUUAUAGAAAUUCCAAAGGCAACAUUUUAUUUAUUUUAUAUAUUUAUUUAUUAUAUAGAGUUUAUUUUUAAUGAAAUAUGUACAGGCCAGAUAGGCAUUUUGGAAGCUUUAGGCUCUGUAAGCAUUAAAACGGCAAAGGCCACUAUGAACCUGUGGUAAAUUCAUGCAAGUAAAUAUAAAGGUGCAUGGAUAAAAAGAAAAAAAAAAACAACAAAAAACAAUAAAAAGGUAAUAAUAAUAAAUUCUAGUGACCCUCAUGUACUAAAGGCGACAAUCUCUUUUGUGCCCAUAUUAUUGUAAAAGUAUGCACACCACUCAUGACACUGAGUACUCACUCUUCUGACUGCUUGUUUCAUAGCUUACCCCAGAGGAUUAAAAAGAAAACUGGGUCUUCAACUUUUUUUCUGUGUCUGUAAUAUUUCCUCUCUGAUAAAGUGACUUAUUACAUCAUUGUAAACUUCACGGCUGUGGAAAAUAUAGGGGUUGGAAUAUAUUCUACUUGUUAAAACCUACUGCAGAUUAUACCAAAGCUAAAUGAUAAAUAUGCUUUUUUAUUUUUUUUUCCUUCCUAAAGCAGAAUGCCAGAAACAACAUAAAUAAUAUCAACAAUUGUACUAAUUUUAAGAUUCCACAAAUAGCACAUAAAGGUUUCAGAGGGUAAGAACCAGGCUAACAGGAUCAGUCUUGUAAACAUGUUUAUUUGUGCACUUGACUAUCUACUAUGAAAUUAUACAAGUUCCAUAGGGGUCAUUGUAACAUCUUUUAUGGAAAAUUGCUUUCAGUGUGACUGUCAUAAUACAUGAUAUUAGCACCCUUCCUAAAGUAAAACUUGCAAAAUGAAACUAAUAAAUCUCUAUCGAUAAUGACAAUGGGGGGAAAGUAUUAGACUUUUAUUUUUUUUUUCUUCCUAAAAUAUGUUCAAAUAUUCAUGAACCGUGAGAUGAUAGUACAUAAAAUUUAAGGAACUGUAGCAUUUCAUGUUAAGCACACUAAAAUGUCGAUGAGCAAUUAUCAUUUGGGAGUUAACCCAUAGAAAGAGUCAUUUUUCCCCCAGUAUCCUGAAGGAGAAAAAAAAGAAAAGAGAGAAAAACCAUGUAAGACCCAUUUGAUAAAUGCAUUUUGUAGCUGUUGCAUCCCUUAGGGUUUGAACUUGAUGCCAUUACAACGAGCAUAGCUUUUGCCAUGGGGUCUGCAGGACUUGUGAUGCUGCCCUCAGAGACAUCGAGUCUGGGUGGAAAUGUACUUUGGCAUAGCCAGAAUUGUAGCCUAUUCAUAAUUAUAUAAUCCUGAUUUGUUUUGCUCUAAUGCACACCUGUCCACGUGAUAUAAACAGAUAUUAUUUGAAACAUAAAUCUGUUCUGGAAUAACCCAUGGCUUGGUGUCCUGAACAAGUGGGACCGUCCUGUGCUCUGCAGGAGGAGAGGCCACACCUCGACUGGGAGAUACCUGCAACCUGCAAUAAAACAUGGCAUUUUGUUAUAACUGGUUUUGAAUGAUAAAGACAUGUAAAUUCUGUUAGCAGAUCUGUAAGAUGCAGUCGGACACCGACAUGCCUAGGGACUGCUAUUGCCAAGGGAUCUAAGCCCAAUCUGCAGCCCGGGGGUUGGUUUGUAACCCUUCAUAACCUGCACGUAGAUGUGCCGCAGGUUAACCAGGUACUGAAUCACUGGACCAGGAGGCACAAAGCCUUGCUGGACCCAGCAAGUAAGAGAGCUCCUGGGAAGUGCUGGGCUCAGUGUUAAACAGAGCAAUUGUACUGUGAGGAGGGAGGGAAUGAAGGCUGCAACUCUGUUUUUCCAGAAAAUCUUGCAUGUGCUGGGAAAUGAAUGGCAAAGGUUAAAAACACUAGGAGUCGAGGCCAGGAUACUAGGCCAUGGUUUGAGUCUUAAUGUUAAAUUGAUUUGGAUUUUUAGACAUAGGCAAAUCAUUACUACUCAUUAACAUGUUUUAUUUAUUUUUUGUACUUUUCUAAAGAAAGGAUUAAAACCAAGAAAAAUGUUAUGAGUUUAUGGCAGUCCAUAUAAAUAAACUGUAACCAAUUUACUCUAAUAA